GGGGGCGCCGCAAGGGGCGGGCACUCGGCGGCGGGGGAGGUUGUUUAAAGUGGCGCUUGCGGCGCGCGAAGGGGAUGGCGGAACCGGCGGAUUAUCCCCCGUUUCAGCUGGGGAAGCCCCGCUUCGAACAGACUUCAUUUUAUGGCAGAUUCAGACACUUCUUGGACAUCAUUGAUCCCCGCACUCUCUUUGUUACUGAGAGCCGUCUGAAGGAAGCUGUGCAGCUGUUGGAGGAUUACAAGCAUGGGACUUUGCCUCCAGGAGUCACCAACAAAGAGCUGUGGGGAGCUCAAAAAAUAAAGCAGGCCAUCAUCCAUCCCGAUACAAACGAGACCAUCUUCAUGCCUUUCCGAAUGUCAGGUUACAUUCCCUUUGGAACACCCAUCGUUGUUGGUCUUCUUUUGCCCAACCAGACGCUGGCGUCCACUGUGUUUUGGCAGUGGUUGAAUCAGAGCCACAAUGCCUGCGUCAACUAUGCAAACCGCAACGCGACAAAGCCUUCUCCGACAUCCAAGUUCAUCCAGGGCUACUUGGGAGCUGUCAUAAGUGCUGUCUCAAUAGCAGUGGGCCUUAAUGUUCUGGUUCAGAGAGCAAACAAGUUUACCCCUUCCACUCGUCUCUUGAUCCAGAGGUUUGUGCCAUUCCCUGCUGUCGCUAGUGCCAAUAUCUGCAAUGUUGUCCUGAUGAGGCACACAGAACUGGAAGAAGGAAUUGAUGUUUUGGACAAUAACGGAAACAUUGUCGGGUCUUCCAGAAUUGCUGCAAAACACGCACUGCUAGAAACAGCCCUGACUAGAGUGGUCCUGCCAAUGCCUAUACUGGUUCUACCUCCAAUUAUUAUGUCCAUACUGGAAAAAACAUCACUCCUGAGGUCCCGUCCCCGGAUGAUUCUCCCAGUCCAAAGCCUUGUGUGCCUCGCUGCCUUUGGCCUGGCCCUCCCCUUGGCCAUCAGUCUCUUCCCGCAGAUGUCCGAGAUUGAGACAUCUCGGCUGGAGCCAGAAAUCGCAAUGGCCACCACCAGUAAGACUGUAGUCUACAAUAAAGGAUUGUAAGUGGAAGCGGACAAUCUCAGCCCAGAAGAUCUGGGGAGGGAAAGGGGGAAACUUGAGAUCCCCACUGGGAAAAAGAGAACAACAACAAGAGAAAACAAGUAAUAGAGCUCAGCGAUAGUAACGUAUUACCGCUCCCAGCGAACUGGGAGCAAAUUAACACUUGCAGAGAACUGACGCCUCACACCAGUCAAAAAGAUUAAUAUUAAAAGUUUUAAAUUAGCUACAGGAGCAGCAACAAAAAAAUUACAUUCAAACACUUUAGAGAACUAGCUAACGAAUAAUCUCAGAACUUACUAGCACUGCAUGGAGGGAUGUUUAACGGCGUGUUUACAUGGUUACACCUAACUACAUGGAAGUAGGCUUCACCGAGCAAAUUUUGUUUUUGAUGCGAAUUAAAUCUCCACACUGAUGCUGCAUAAAAAUAAUUCCGUAGA